UCUCGCUCACGGAGACAAAAUACGAUACAGUAAAAUACACCUUCUUGUUGGUUGAUUUCUUAGGCGACGAUAUACUAUCCAUGGGUGCUCACGGCAGGAAGGCUUGGUCAUUAUCCCCCUCCUCUUCGAUGAAAAACCUCAUCCUCUUCCUCAUGCCUCUAAAGCUGUUCCUCACGACGUCGUUCCUCCUCGCAACUCCUCCUUCUUCAACACGUGCUUCCAUGGCAUUAACGCAAUCUCAGGGAUCGGCAUAGUGUCCAUACCCUAUGCAGUGGCAUUGGGAGGAUGGUUGAGCUUAUCGCUGCUAUUUGUCAUCGCCCUGGCUUGUUCCUACACCGGCAUACUGGUCCAGAGAUGCAUGGAGAUGGACCCCAGCAUCAGGACCUUCCCUGACAUUGGCCAACGUGCUUUCGGACACAAAGGAAGACUCAUGGUCUCCACAGCCAUGAACUCCGAGCUCUACCUGGUUGUCGCGGGCUACCUCAUUCUAGAAGGCGACAAUAUCAACAAGCUAAUACCAAACCUUCAAAUUCACAUAGGAGGGUUCACAAUUGGAGGGGCCACAAUUUCUGCCAUUGUUGCUGCACUGAUUAUUUUGCCUACUGUGUGGUUACAAGACUUGAGCUUGCUCUCUUAUGUGUCUGCGAGUGGGGCCUUGGCUUCUACGGUCUUCCUCUUGUCUCUCUCUUGGAAUGCUGCUAUUGAUGGAACUGGGUUUCAUGGCAGAGGAACUGCUAUCAGAUGGAGUGGAAUUCCUAAUGCUGUUGGUUUAUAUGCCUUCUGCUACAGUGCUCAUCCAGUGUUGCCCACUCUUUAUACUUCCAUGAGAAACAGAAACCACUUUUCCAGUGUGUUGCUUGUAUGCUUUUCAUUAUGCACUCUUGGUUACGCAGCAGCAGCAGUAUUGGGAUACCUAAUGUUUGGGCAAGACGUGCAAUCCCAGAUAACUCUAGACCUUCCCGCAGGUAAACUCAGUUCAAGAGUAGCAUUAUACACUACCUUGGUCAAUCCUAUAGCCAAAUACGCUUUAAUGCUUACCCCAACAAUAAACUCUGCAAAAAGCAUGGUUCCUUCUCAUUACAACAAGAGGCUGACCCAUCUGGUGGUGAGUACCUGCAUGCUCAUCAGUAACCUCAUUGUGGCCGUUGCCAUUCCUCUGUAUGGAUAUCUUAUGGCACUUGCAGGUGCAUUACUCUGCGUCUCCACUUCAAUACUGGUGCCAUCAGUUUGCUACUUGAAGAUUUCUGGGGCUUACAGGAGACUUGGUUCUGAUAUGAUUAUCAGCUAUUCGAUAAUAGCGAUGGGGUUUGCAAUCGCUAUUGUUGGUACUUACUCGUCUCUUACGGAUAUCAUUGGCCAUUUGUAGAUGUCAGCGAACAGUACUGAUUAUUUUGCACGAUUGUAAAGUGCAUGCGUACUUAAGAGGACAAAGCCAUGCGACAUAUUUAAGAGCCGACAUGGUUUGAGUCAUGGGAAAUUAAAUACCUACAGUACCCUAUUGUGUCUUACGAAUAACGUGGGUAGUUAAUUCCCUUGGGGUAUUAUGUUCCUACAAUCAUAUUAGGGGAUUGUAUGCAAUCUGCCUGUAAUUAAUGUGUUGGACAAGCUAAGUUAUUCCAAUGUGUUGGAGUUUUGAU